UUGUGAACUGUUGCUUUUUGGAAGUGACAGCCGAGCCGGUGUUUACUUGUUUUCCCUGUUGCAUAAAAAAAAUGAUAAUCGCUACCGAGGAAAAUGUUAAAACUUCUUAAAAAUCGGACAUUUAAUAUUCCGACAGCACGCCAUUUAAGUGUACUUGGCAUCGAAACUUCUUGUGAUGACACUGGCAUAGCAUUGCUAAAUGAAAAGGGCGAAGUGCUGGGUAAUGUGCUGAAUUCGCAACAAAAAUUUCAUACCAGAUAUGGGGGUAUCAUACCGCCGCGGGCGCAAGACUUGCAUCGCGCCAAGAUCGCUGAAGUAUUUGAGCAGUGCAUGCGGGAGGCACAAAUGACACCCGAUCAAUUGGAUGCUAUUGGUGUGACAACAAGGCCGGGACUUCCACUCAGCUUGCUUGUGGGCACCCGUUUUGCUAAGUAUAUCGCACGCAAAUAUAAAAAGCCCUUGGUGCCAGUGCAUCACAUGGAAGCACAUGCUUUGCAAGCGCGCAUGGAGCAGCACAUACCAUAUCCCUUCCUAUGUCUACUCAUUAGCGGUGGUCACUCCCAGUUGGUUUUCGUGCGUAGCGCUAAACAAUUUGCGCUGCUAGGAGAAUCGUUAGACGAUGCACCCGGCGAAGCGUUUGAUAAGAUAGCACGCCGUUUGCGCCUGUAUCUCCUACCUAAAUAUCUACAUUGGAAUGGCGGGCAAGCGAUCGAAGAUGCAGCGAAAAGUGCGCAAAAUCCAGCUGCCUUCGAGUUUCCGCUGCCGCUGGCGCGUGAACGUACUUGCAACUUUAGUUUCGCGGGAAUUAAGAAUAAUUCAUUUCGCAGCAUACGUUUCGCGGAGAAACAGCAAGGCAUACCACCGGACGGCAUCAUAAAAAAUUACCACGACUUCUGCGCCGGUCUGCUGGCAGCAGUCAGCCGCCACUUGAUGAACCGCACGCAACGCGCACUUGAAUUCACCCUACCCUGGUUCGGCGAGUCGCCACGAGCGCUGGUUGUGUCAGGUGGAGUGGCCAACAAUGACUACAUAUUCAACGAUCUCGCACACUUGGCGGCACAUUACGAGUGUCAAGCUUACAGACCAUCAAAGAAAUAUUGCUCGGACAAUGGUGUUAUGAUUGCAUGGAAUGCCCUGGAGCAGAUAACGGAAGGUGCGAAUUGCUUGCGAUGGGACUAUGACGCGGUGAACAUAUGCGGAAAGGCGGCGUUGGGCGAGUGCAUGUUGGACGCUGUAGCGGAGGCGAAUAUUAAGUGCAAAUGGGUGCAGGCGUCUAAGUGGCGAGCGUGGGGUGAAGUUCAAGCCGUGUCAAGCAUAAUUUAAUAGUCUAUCAUAUUCAAAGAACAUUUUGGACACCUAUGUACCUGUGUAGAUCUAAAGUGAGCUAACUCAAAAAUCAGAUCAGGGAAUAUAAAUGCUUGUGGAUUAAAAUUUAAUGGGCUAUAAAACUACAUACCCAAAAUUUUCUGAAUAAAGUUUGAAAUUUUUGGGUGAUUUUGGUAAAAUUUGAUGAAUUUUUAAAAAUUUUGUACAAAGUUUAAAAUGUGGAUGUAUAUGGUGCUUAAUAAGCACUGGUUAUUAUAGAAUGCGCUAGACUUUUAUAGAAGAAUAUUAAACAUCCAAUAAACAAAAUAAAUAUAUAGCCAAAACUGGUCAAAAUAAAGCUAAUAU